CUGUCGGAUUCGACAAGCUCAUCAUCGUCGUCGACCCAGGAGCCAAUCUCUCCGGACGGUGGAUAUGGUUGGAUUAUUGUCUGUGCCUCAUUUCUCAUCCAUUUUAUCUGUGACGGAAUUUCAUUUUCUUACGGCAUAAUGUUUCCCGAAAUUCAGCAAUAUUUUAAAGCAACAAAAACGAUGUCUGGUAUUGUGGGCUCGAUUUUUUUGGCCAUACCACUGCUAUCGGGACCUCUGGCUGGCGCUUUAACAGAUAUAUACGAUUGCCGGUAUGAUAGUUUUUUCCAGUAUUUCACAUGCAAUUCUACUGUGCUUCAAAAUUUCAAAAAUGAAAUACGGGAUAAAUUUUUUUUUUGGAUUCUAAAAUUUAGUUUUUUUUUUUGAAA